UUCACUGUGCAUCAAUGUUAAAGUAGUGAUAUUCAGAGUUUUUUGAGUUUUGUGGUCAUAGUUAGCAAACAAAGUAAAAUGGAAAUCUUAAAGUUACUGGUUCUUUUAGUCUCUAUGUUAGGGAUGACUGCGGGUGCUGAUUGGUGCUAUAAAUCCCAGGUUUCUUGUGACUGCAAUUGCAAAGGACCGGAUAAAUGGAAGGACGUAGAACCAGCCUGUGGUGGCCAAAGCCAGUCACCUAUUAACAUUGUAACACAAAAGGUGGCUAAAAACAACCUAAAUCUCUUCAAAUUCCAUGGUUACCAACACAGUUUCUCUAGCAUUAUCACCAACAAUGGACACACGGUCAGGGUUAACCUGUCAGGUGAUGCUGUGAUUGAAGGUGCAGGGCUCAAGGAUAAAUACAAAGCAGUGGAAAUCCAUUUUCACUGGGGCAAAAAUGGUGGGCCAGGAUCAGAGCACACAAUUGAUGGAGAGCAGUACCCUAUGGAGAUGCAUAUUGUUCACAUAAAGGAAACUUACAGUUCUGUUCUAGAGGCUAGCAAAGACCGAACUGGCCUAGCGGUUCUUGGAUUUUUGUACCAGGAAUCAGAUAGCGCAAACCAGAAAUAUGAGUCCAUCAUAAAUGCCCUGCCUCAGAUCAGGAUCCCUGACAACAAAACCACAAUAAAAUCUGUGAGUUUGGAAAUGCUUAUUCCUUCUCAAGAUUUACUGAAGCGCUACUUUCGCUAUAGCGGCUCACUGACCACACCUGACUGUGCGGAGUCGGUCAUCUGGACCGUAUUUGAAAGCACCAUUCCACUUAGCAAACAGCAACUUUCUGCAUUCUCUGCUCUCCAGUUUGAAAAUGGGACUGCCAUGACCGACACAUUUCGCCCUGUGCAGCCACGCAAUGGUCGAGAAGUCACUUAUUCUGGAGGCAACACUGCAUCUUUCAGCACAGUACUGACUGUUAGUACUUUAAUCAUUACCUUUUUGACUCUUUAGGGAAAAAAAAGGGAUAUGAAGUCUAUGAGUGGUCAGUGUCACAUACCGGAGAAUUUGUACGUGAAAUGCUCUUUAUUUGAACACCCUUUUUCUUUGUUAUAGUAAAGUAAAUUUAGAUGUUCUUCUUUCCAAUUUUUGUAGCAUUGUUUUUCCUGUGAGUUUUUAAUAAUUUUGUAGUACUUUACAAAUUGAGAGAGAAUAUUUAAAUAAAAAGAGAGAUUAUAUCUAGAGCCUAGUAAGCAUUUUUAUCUUUCUGUAACAUGUCUACAGGAAAAAUACCCGCAGUCUAGUACAUAUCAUAUAACUGGAAGAUUCUGAAAUAAAAUA